AUGACAUCACGCAUUCGUGCAAUGCUUAAUAAAUUGUAUCAUGCACCUGAAUAUCGUGUGUUGACCAUGGGUCUUGAUGCAUCAGGAAAAACGACGGUUCUUUACAUGUUAAAACUUGGUGAAAUUGUUUGUACGAUUCCAACGAUUGGUUUUAAUGUAGAAACCAUAGUGCAUGAAAAUAGUUCUUUAACUAUUUGGGAUGUUGGAGGAUGUGAUAAAAUUCGGCCUUUGCUGCGGCACUAUUUUCAAAAUACACAAGCUCUUAUUAUGGUGAUUGACGCAAAUGACAGAGAACGACUAUCAGAAGCAAACGAAGAAUUAUGGCGUAUACUGUGUGCCGAAGAAUUAAUCAAUUUGCCCGUAUUAAUUUUUUUGAAUAAAGUCGACUUACCUAAUAGUAUGAAAUCCGAUUAUGUGAUACAAAAGAUGAACCUGAACAACAUUAGAAAUAGACAAUGGCAUUUACAGACAUGUUGUGCAUGCGCAAAUGUCGGUUUGCAUGAAGGUUUAACUUGGUUAGUACAUGCAUUGAAAUCGCCACAUACUUUGGGAAUCAUGAACAAAAUCAAGGAGUCUAAUGUAUCUACGGCAGAAACAACUGAGACCGAUCAUAAUGAAAAUAAGUCGUUAGAAUGGUUAUCACAAAUAGACGCGGAUACGAACGAGGAAUUUCUUGAGAAAUUUGAGACACAUCAAUUAUCUGUGGACGCAUUUGACCACCGUACAUUAUUGAGAAUAAUAUGGGUUAAUUUAACAAUAUAUGGUAGACAAAAGACUGUGAAAGUGCUAUUUGAUCGUUUCAAGAGCUAUAUCAAUGAUAUGAAUGAGACAUUGAUUUAUUUUUGGCUUCAAAUCGUACACUAUGCAUUUGAAGCAACGAAAAAUCCUACAAAUGAUUUUACAGGUUUUCUACUGAUGAAUCCACAGUUGCUGAAUGAAACCGAAGUACCAUUGAGUUAUUACAAAAAAGAUACAUUAUUUAGUAGUCAAGCAAAAAUAACCAUUGUUUUACCCGAUUUGAAACAGCUACCAAGUAUUGUACGUGCAUCAUCUGCUUCUACUAACAAAAUAGUGGAGAAAAAGAUUGACUCAGCACUCGAACCAACAGUUGAUGAAUUAGAUGACGAUGAAUUUUUAAAACAAUUCGAAACUAAUGCACUGAAAAGCUGGUCUCAUAAAACUCACCUGCGUAUGGCAUGGCUUUAUUUGAUUCGCGAUGGACGUAGAGCAGGAGUCAAUAAAAUAUUUGAUGGCAUUAAGAAUUUCAUUCAAAAUAGUCCCAUAGCGCGAAAGACAACAUUUCAUUUUACAAUGACCUAUUUCUGGAUUCAAAUGGUUGAUCUGGCUAUCGCACAAAGCCCCAAACAGAUUAGUUUUGAAGAGUACCUUCGAUUAAAUCCACACUUACUCAACGGAGGUUUAUUUUUGGAAUAUUACAAAAAAGACACAAUGCUAAAUAAUCCUAUUGCUAGACAAGAAAUGGUACUACCGGAUAUUAAACCAUUACCAACUUUGGUUACAGCAAACAGUAAAAAGUGA